AUGGUAGGGAGAGUUGGCAGUCUCUACUGCCCUGCAGUCUCAGGAGUGUCCACAAGUCUGGGCGAUGAACUCUCUUUCCUAUGUCGUUUUCUUUUUCCUCCUGUAGACUCAUAUGCCUCUGAUCUUAGGAAUGAGAAUGCUCCUGUACUCUCUGACUUUGUUUUUGGUCUGGAGGGCUAUUACACACCCUUAGCACUGGGCACAGAUAGAGACCAGGAUGUCCUGACCUAUGAUGAUGUGCAUGUGAAAUUCACUCAGGAAGAGUGGGCAUUGCUGAAUCCUUCUCAGAAGAGUCUGUACCAAGGUGUAAUGCUGAAGACCUGUAGGAAUCUCAGUGCUAUAGGAUACAUUUGGGAAGACAAUACUACUGAAGAAUAUUGUAAAACUUCUGGAAGACAUGGAAGGAAUGAAAGAAGUUUUACUGGAAAGCAAACCUUUGAUUUUAUUCAGUAUGGUAAUGGCUUUGCAGUUCAGAGUCAUACCCAAAGGCAUGAUGCAGAGAAGCCCUAUGAUGGUAACCAAUGUGGUAAAGCUUUUGUACAGAGGAAUAAUCUCAAAACACAUAAAAGGACACAUAAUGGAGAAGAACCUUCUCAAUGUAACCAAUGUUGUAAAGACUUUGUAAGAAGCAGUGCUCUCCAAUAUCAUGAAGAAACACACACAGGAGAGAAACUCUGUGAAUGUAGUCAAUGUUGUAAAGCCUUUGCACAAAGGAGUAGUCUCAAAAGACAUAAAAGGACAUGUAAUGGAGAAAAACGUUAUAAAUGUAACCAAUGUUGUAAAGCCUUUGUCCAAAACCAUGGUCUCCAAAAACAUAAAAGGACCCAUACAGGACAGAAACCCUAUGAAUGUCACCAAUGUGGCAAAGCCUUUGCACAGAGCAGUCAUCUCCAAAUACAUAUAAGAACUCAUACAGGAGAGAAACCCUAUGAAUGUAACCAAUGUGGCAAAGCCUUUGCAGACAGCCGUAAUCUCCAAACACAUCAAAGAACACACACAGGAGAGAAACCCUAUGAAUGUAACCAAUGUGGGAAAGCCUUUGCACAAAGGUGUCAUCUCCAAAGACAUAUAAGAACUCAUACAGGAGAGAAACCCUAUGAAUGUAACCAAUGUGGCAAAGCCUUUGCAGAAAGCCGUACUCUCCAAAUACAUAUAAGAACUCAUACAGGAGAGAAACCCUAUGAAUGUAACCAAUGUGGCAAAGCCUUUGCAGGAAGCAGUCAUCUCCAAAGCCAUAUAAGAAUUCAUACAGGAGCGAAACCCUAUGAAUGUAACCAAUGUGGCAAAGCCUUUGCAGGAAGCAGUCAUCUCCAAAGCCAUAUAAGAAUUCAUACAGGAGAGAAACCCUACGAAUGUAACCAAUGUGGCAAAGCCUUUGCCCAAAGCAGCACUCUCCAAAAACAUAAAAGAACACACACUGGAGAGAAACCCUAUGAAUGUAAUCAAUGUUGUAAAGUCUUUGCAGGAAGCAGUCAUCUCCAAAGCCAUAUAAGAACUCAUACAGGAGAGAAACCCUAUGAAUGUAACCAAUGUGGGAAAGCCUUUGCACAAAGCAGUCAUCUUCAAAGACAUAUAAGAACUCAUACAGGAGAGAAACGCUAUGAAUGUAACCAAGGUGGCAAAGCCUUUGCAGACAGCAGUAAUCUCCAACAACAUAAAAGAACUCACACAGGAGAGAUAAUCUAUGAAUGUAACCAAUGUGGCAACGCCUUUGCAGAAAGCAGUUAUCUCCAAAGACAUAUGAGAACACAUACAGGAUAG